AUGAAGCUGCGCAAGCACGGGGGGUCGCUGGACGAGGAAAAGCUGUUCGAAAAUGUAAGCAAGGAUGACUCGGGUAUGAUAAAAAAGUUCACACUGGGCGUGUGCGCCAUGGAAAGCAAAGUGGAGAGCGCACCCAUGGAAUGUAUUUUAAAAAGGCUAGCCAAAAGUGGAGAUUUCAACAUAAUAAAAUUUAAGGAAGACAUGAUUUUAAAUCACGACAUUGACACAUGGCCCAUAGUAGAUUGUCUGAUAGCUUUUUAUUCCACAGGGUUCCCUUUGAAAAAAGCUAUCGAGUAUGUAAAAAAGUACAAACCAAUAACUUUAAACAAUUUAAGCAGGCAAUUAAUAUUAAGAUCCAGGUUACAAAUAUAUGAAGAAUUAAAAAAAUGGAAAGUACCUCAUGCGAAUUAUGUGGUGGUCGAUCACGAUGCAGUGAAAAGAGGAGAACAUGCAUUUGAAGAAUACUACGACUAUAUCGUAUACAAUAACAUUAGAUUGAAUAAACCUUUUAUUGAAAAACCGAUCAAUGCAGAUAAUCAUAACAACUGGAUCUACUACCCCAAGAACACUGGGGGGGGAUGUAAAAAACUCUUUCGUAAGAUUAAAGACAGGAGCAGUGAGUACUGUCCUGAUGUACAUAAGGUUAGAAAUAACGGCACGUAUAUAUAUGAAGAGUUCCUUUCAACCUUUGGUACAGAUGUAAAAGUGUAUACAGUUGGGCAAAUGUUUGCUCAUGCAGAAGCUAGGAAAUCUCCUGCCCUUGAUGGAAAGGUUUGUAGAACAUCUGAUGGGAAGGAAGUUAGGUACGCGGUUAUUCUGUCUGAAGCAGAAAAACUUAUUGCAUAUCGUAUUGUUGAAGCAUUUCAGCAAACCGUUUGUGGGUUCGAUAUUCUAAGGACAACCAUGGGACCAUUCGUUUGUGAUGUGAACGGAUGGUCAUUUGUAAAAGGAAAUAUAAAAUAUUAUAACGAUUGUGCACAUAUACUGAGAGCAAUGUUUCUGGCCAAAUUGGAGGAAAAAUAUAAUAUCAUCCCUAGGGACCUCGCAGAUAACUGGUAUAAUAUAGAAAAUGAAGAAGAGGUGUUAAGAAAAACUUUCAUACAACCCGAUGACCUCCAUUGUUCGCAUCAUGAAGAGUUAUGUUCUGUUAUUAUUGUUAUGCGCCAUGGUGAUAGGAAGCCAAAACAAAAAAUGAAAUUUCUCACCGAUCGUCCUCUUCUGCUGGAUUACUUCAAUUGUGAAGAAAACCUCUACAACGUUAUAGAAAAUAAAAUGGCUCCUGAAGAUCAGCAAAAGGCUAUCCACACCCAUCUCAACCAAGCCAAUACCAACAACCUACCUGUUAGCUCCAUUCCCUCCGAUCGGGUCGAUUCCUCCAUGUUCCAAUACGACGCCGCAGCAAAAGCACCCUCUACCAUCAGUAAAAUAUCUUUCAUUUCGCAGAAGAGUGGUGAGGUGGUCAGCGCCUCGGGUGUGGAAGCAGAACCACCUGCCGGGGGGGACACGAACGAUGUUGCAAGUGGUGCAAAUUCUACGAAUGCCCUGCCCCCAGAUGAGGAGGAGCGCCGAGACAACCUCUAUAAGGAGUACACCAAGAAGGAAAUCAAAUUCAAGUCGCCGGAGGAACUCCAGGACCUCUUCCUGCGGAACAACAUUAUCCUGGGCGACAUCGAGAAGGAGUACAAGGCGCUCAAGGCCGAGGCCGAGGCCAGGAGGAGCGAGCUGCCGGUGGGGGAGGAAAGCGAGGACGCCGCUAAACGGGAGGUGGACACCGAUAAACGUGACGUAGACACCGCUAAACGGGAGGUGGACACCGCUAAACGUGACGUAGACACCGCUAAACGUAACGCUGGCGCAGACGCGCGCCCCCACGCCGCCAUGACCCAGGAAGAGCUGGAGGCGAAACUCAGCGAAUGCCAAAUCACAAUAGAAAACCACAAGACUCUUCAAAAGGUGCUGGAAAGGGGAGAUGGGUUCACAGGAAUAAACAGAAAAAUACAGCUCAAGCCAGUAGAGUUUGUAGUUAUAAAUGAUAAAAUUGUGGUGACCAAAAUAUUAACAGUGGCCAAAUGGGGAGGAGAGCUAACAAGGAUGGGGAGGAGACAAUCUGAAAACUUAGGAAAAAGAUUCAGAGCAACACUCUACCCCGGAGAUUCAGAUGGUCUCUUACGAUUACACUCAACCUUUAGGCACGACUUCAAAAUAUUUACUUCAGACGAAGGGAGGUGCCAAAUAACAUCUGCAGCUUUUACAAAAGGCUUUUUAGACCUAGAUGGAGAACUCACCCCAAUUCUAGUGGCCAUGGUGAUUAGGAAUUCCAAAGCUCAUAGUCUACUAGAUGAUAACAGACCCAGCCUAAAUAGAACCCAGUGUAAACAGUACAUAGACAAUCUGCUGAAUGAAGAUAAACAUAUUGAUGAGGACCUGUUGAAAAAACUUACAUCUGGUAAACAUGCAAGAGGGUUAAGAGAAUCAUUAAGAAAAAUUUCUAACUUUUUUCAACUCAUGGAAAAAAUUAGAAAAACGAUAUAUGAUUUUUUAAAAGGAUUAAAUCAGGAAGUACAAAAAUGGUUAAAUCUUUUUCCAUAUGAUGAGUAUGCUCUGUAUGUAAUUGACAUUCUACACGAAAUACAAGUCAGGUGGAAAUCACUAACCAAAAUGUGGUUCAAAAAAAAUAAAAACAAUUAUGACACUUCAAAAAUACCUGACAUUGUAGACAAUAUCAGAUUUGAUCUGAUUCAUCAUCACUCUUAUCUUGGUUGUGGAUUAGACAAGGCUUUCGAAAUUUAUAAUCAAAUAGAACCGCUAGCCAAUUUUAUUUCACAAGCAGAAUAUGGAAUAACUCCUGAAGAAAAGGUAAAAAUCGGAGUUAACAUUGUUGGAAAGCUCCUUCGCAAAUUAAUACAUGAUGUUACCUUCUACAGAGAUGAAGAGGUCAGGAAUAAAAGAAAUAACAAGGGGUAUUUUGAUUUAAAAAAUGCUCUUAACAUUUCCUAUAUCAACUCGUUUAAUCCAGCGAAGAAUGAUAAGACCGGCAUGGCAACAAGUGAAAAGAACACACAACAACAGGUUCUGGAAAAUGCUAAAGUAGAUGCACAACACGCAAAUUGGCUAGACAAGGAAAUACAAAAAGACACACCCAAAUUGUUUAGCAUGUGUAAGUAUGACUCCAGACAAAUGUUUAUUGACAACCGUGUGCACAAGGCGGGGGAGGCACUCGGCGCCGCGCCGGUAGUGACGGUAGCGACGGACCCGACCAUCGCUACGCACCCGUGUGCUACCAAGACCGGGGCGCCAGCGUGCAAUCAGUCCACCCCCAGUUCGGUAGAAGGGAAUGCAACGAACGCGCCGCUCUCCUGCGUCACCGCCUCCAGUGGCAGGCCUGCCCUCAGCGAAGCCCAGGUGAAAAAGUCCAUUUACAAAGAACUCAACCGAAAGGGUGGAAAAGCUGGGAGGGAUGCGCAAGCUGGAGGUUCCCCUGGGGGGGCAACUUCACCCGAAGUGGGGGCAAGCCCAACAGGUGCCGACUCGACAAUCGCUGCAAACUCCACAACCGCUACCCAGUCGCACGGGCAGGACAAGGGAAGCGGUGACCUCCCUGACCGCUCCAAGCGCAGCAAUGGGGAGAAGCCAAAGGAAGGUGACGCCCCGACGCCGGACAAGAGACCCACGAAAGGUGCCUCGGGGGAAGCACCGGGUGAUCCACACGCCGGUUCGACCCAAAACGGGGGAGGCACUCUUGGUACCACGGUUAUCACUAACAUGCGCAAUGUCGUCGUAGGUAUGGUUGGAGGCGCCGCUGAUAUCCCGUGUGACACCCCCCCUGGUGUAACGCCAAAGGAGAAGAAUCCCUUCAAAGCAGCGGGGGGAGGCGUCACGUACAAUAUCAACGCGAAGGAUCUGUACGCUCCAAAACUGAUCAACAAGAAGGAGGCCCUGGUGAUAAACUCAUCGGAUCUGUGGGCCCACCAAAAUAAGUACAGAAAGGAAAACAAUGAAAAACAAAAAAUGAAAAAAAUAAAAAAUGCCAAGGAGAGUGAAUUUAAUUUAAAGAGAGAAGAUAAUAUGGAAGUUGCUAGUGAUUAUAGGGGGCUAGAUAAAAAGAGGAGUACCUGGAUGAAAGGUACAGGAGGCAUUAGUGGAAGUGGUAGCGACACGACUGCGAAGGAGUUACGUGGAAGGGUAACCAGCACGUUGGAUGUACAAAAGAGUGAAGAGGAAAGAGGAAGGAAUGGCACAUGUCUGAGUGGCACAUGUCUGGGUGACACAACGUAUAAUGCUACAUCUCGCAGUGGCCAUGAAUGCACACAAAAGGGGGACAAAGAAGGAAUAGCAAACCACCAUGUCUGUAACAAUGCUGCGCAGAGCAAGGUAGAGGAAAGAACUGAUCCAGAGUACCAAACGGAGGAGACAGAUGGUCAGGUGGAUAACGAAAAGGACGACGACGACGAAUGUGAUAAGCAGAAGAAGGAGAAGCAGGAAGAAGAAGUAGAAGCAGAGGAUGAUGAAGGAGAGGAAGAACAAGACCACGAUGAUGACGAAGAUAUAAUUAGACUUAAAGAAACAGAUGCAAGGAGGUUAGGAAUCCGAUCUCCUUGGAGAAUGGUUAGGUCUAGAUACUACGUCACAUCAGCUUCGCAUAUGCUAUCCCUUUUAAAUAUUCUCAUCCAUUCAAAGAAUAUUGACACAUCUACUGGCCAAAAUAUAAUCGACAAUGAUUCCAUUAAGAGUGUAGGAAAUGUAACAGACCUGCAUUAUUUAUCGCAUUUAGUUUUUAGAGUCUGGGAAAGGAAACAGCUAAAACGAAAUGAUAGCAACAGAUUCAGAAUCGAAAUUUUGUUCAGCUCGGGUGCGAAAGAUGGGUUCGGCCAAAAUUAUGAAUUGCUCGAGAAAGACGCCAAGGCGCAGCAGCAAAAGUAUGAAAGACAUUUUAGCAAGUACGUGGAUGAUAGUAAGAGAGGCGCCGGAGGGGAAGUCAACCCGUCCAGUCAGGUAAGCCGUGCAAACUCGGCUGUCAGCAAGGGGGAGAAGAAGCCGUCCGGGGAAAUCCCUCCCGUACAAACGCCCCCCGCAGAAGCGAUACACGCAGAAGCGAUACAUGCAGAAGCGAUACACGCAGAAGCGAUACAUGCAGAAGCGAUACACGCAGAAGCGAUACAUGCAGAAGCGACACACGCAGAAGCGAUACAUGCAGAAGCGACACACGCAAAAACGAUACACGGAAAAACGCCCCCUCUGGAGAAACCUAACCCAGCCAGCAACCAUCACGGCGCAUCCGCUUCAGACAAAGUGGAGUCAAACAACUCCCUCUCACAAGCAAUACCCCAGGGGAAAGAAGACAAAGACAAGGUGAGCGCGGGAAACGCAUUCCGAUGCGCCGACAGCGUAGAAGGCAAACCGGCCGCUUUAGGUGCAUGCAAACCGAGUUUUCAUUUCGACGUCAUGAGCACAGAAAGGAAAGGGUACAGUGGCAUGGAUAGUGAAAAGGGCCCCAUGAGCAGGAGCGACUCUGCGCUUGGAAUUGGUACCCCUCAUAGAAAAGACACAUCCCCCAGGAAAAACGGUGUGCGCAGGAAUGGCCUUUGGAGCCAAUUCUCCUCCAGCGCAGCAAACCUGUUCAGAAGAGCAGAGGAAGGAGCAGGAGGAGGAGAUGAAGAUGAAGACGCAAAAUUUCAUCAGACGGUCUACAAAAGAGAUAUGUCAUUUCAGUUUGGAGGAGUACACGAAAAGCUAAGUUCAAUCAACAAAAACACAACCAGGACAGGAAGCUACUUGGUCAGAUCCAUCAGCUCCAAUUUAAGGAAAAAAAAAUACAAACAAACAGAUGGCCUAAAUGUAGAAUAUGAAAAAAAAAAAAAAGAAGACAUCACAAAGGAAAAUUUAUUAACAUAUGAACAUGAUUGUACCAUUGACAUAAGCACGCAAGAACCAAAUCACAAAUUACAUCGAAGCGUUUCUUGCGUCAGUGAUAGAUCCUUCUAUGUGAACCCAAGGCAAAUCGACUUGGAAGGCGAAACUAAUUCAAGUAAAAAUUUGAAUGGAAGAAGAAAUAACUUUCUUGAAAAUGAAGCAGGAAGGAAUGCUUUUCAACACACCCUUCAACACAAAAUUGAACGCCCCUUCCAACACAAAGUUGAAAGACCCUUCCAAAACAAAAGUGAACACCCCUUCGAGAAGAACAGUGAACAUGAUCCAAAGGACAAGAAAAAAACGAAUGUCUUUUCCCACGUGUUUCAACAUUUUAAUGAAAAUAAAAAAAACUCCACGUCAAAUUUGAAAUUUUUUUACAAAACAUAUAUGCCUGAUUACGAGAAAAUUAUUGAAAAUGAUAAAAAGGCAGAAACCUUCGACGUCCCUCCCUACUGUGAGUUGGCUCCCCUCAUUGUGCUCACGAAAAAUUGCCAGCUGUCCACCUUCGAGAAUAUACUCACACAGAUUCUGAACAAGUACUCCAAGGGAGGGAAGGCCAAGGACAAGGGGUUCAAGGCGGGGCCCAAGCAAGCCUAA